AUGAAGGCCCCAACUUAUGGAAAGCUAAUCACCAUUCUCAGCAUUGAUGGAGGCGGUAUAAGAGGCAUCAUUCCUGGCACUGUCCUUGCUUACCUUGAAUCCCAACUUCAGGAGUUGAAUGGUAAGGAUGCUAGACUUGCAGAUUACUUUGACGUGAUUGCAGGAACAAGCACCGGUGGUCUUGUAACUGCCAUGUUAACAGCUCCAAAUGAAAACAAUCGUCCUUUAUUUGCCGCUAAAGACAUUAAGCCUUUUUAUCUUGAACAUAGCCCUAAGAUUUUCCCACAGAAAAGGUAA